UAUACUAAUUUUAGCAGGAUGCCUGUGGUUGUCUUUCUCACUCUGUUGGCUUUCUCCUACCCAACUCUUGCCAGCUGUAAACCCCUUUAUGUUCUAACUGCCCCUAAUGUCCUACGGGUGUCAAGUGAAGAAAAUAUUAUGGUUGAAGCUCAUGACUACAGUGGAGGAAGCCUAAAAGUGGACAUUCUUGUGCUUGAUUUCCAGAGAAAAAGGCAACAGCUCCAUAAGAGCCAUGUUACUCUACAUGCAGGAAACCAGUUCCAGGCUUUACACAAAAUAAAGAUCCCUGAUAAUUCAUUUAAAAAAGAAUCCAGUUCCAACCAGUAUGUAAUUCUCCAAGCAAGAUUUGAAGGAGAAGUAUUGGAGAAAAUUGUUCUGGUUUCUUUUCUCUCUGGAUACAUAUUUGUACAGACGGACAAAUCCAUUUACACUCCCACAGACACAGUUCUCUAUAGGGUCUUUGCCCUGACCAGCCGCAUGAUUCCUUGUCAAACUUCAGUUUCUAUUGAAAUUAUGAAUCCUGAUGGUAUUGUAGUACAGAGAGAUGUCUUCUUUCCAAGCAAUGGGAUUAUUUCAAAGUCUUAUAGUCUUCCAGAAAUUGUUCCUUUUGGAACAUGGAAGAUUGUCACAAAACAUGAAAAGACACCUCAAAAAGAAUUUACUACUGAUUUUGAAGUAAAGGAGUAUGUACUGCCGAGCUUUGAAGUUAAGUUGGAGCCACAACAACCAUUUUUCUACAUUGAUGGCAAAGAACUUUCUGUCAAAAUAACUGCCAGAUUCUUGUAUGGAAGCAAUGUUGUGGGGUCUGCAUAUGUGGUAUUUGGGGUUGUCUUAGACAAGGAUGAAAAGAAGAGCUUCCCAGACUCCCUACAACGAGUAGAAAUUAUUGAUGGAAAGGGAACAGCCACGUUAAGAAGAGAACACAUUACAAAAAUAUUCCCAAAAAUACAGGAGGUUCAUAAAAAAUCUAUCUAUGUAUCUGCAACUGUUUUAACAGCAACUGGCGGUGAUAUGGUGGAGGCAGAGAAGAGAGGCAUCCAAAUUGUUCAGUCUCCUUACACCAUUCAUUUUACGAAGACCCCCAAAUACUUCAAGCCUGGAAUGCCAUUUAAUUUCAUGGUUUUGGUGACCAAUCCUGAUGGCUCACCAGCCAGUAAGAUCCCUGUUAAGAUAACUCCUGGAGAAACCUCUGGCAAAACCCAUGACCAUGGGACAGCACAGAUGACUAUAAAUACACAAGCAGAUGCUACUAGUCUACUAAUCAGUGUGAAAACUAAUGUUCCUGGUCUCAGUCAAGACCGCCAGGCUACAAAGAAGCUAGUUAUUCAGCCAUACAGGACACAAAAUAAUUCUCUCAACUACCUCCAUAUUGGAGUCCAGAAAUUUGAAAAUAUAAUGAAUAUUAAUCUGAAUCUUGGCAAAGACCAAGGAGUUCAGGACCAGAUUAAAUACUUUUCAUAUCUGAUUGUUAACAAAGGGCAGAUUGUUAGAGCUGGGAGGCAGAAUAGACUAUCUGGACAGUACCUGGUGACACUGUCACUACCUAUUGAGAAAGAAAUGAUUCCCUCCUUCCGGUUUGUGGCAUACUAUUACCUCAGAAAAGGUGGAAAAAUCGAAGUUGUGGCCGAUUCGAUUUUGGUGGAUGGAAAAAGCACAUGUAUAGGAACACUUACUGUGACCCCAACCACUGACAGAGACAAGGGAGUAUAUGAACCACGCAAGUCCUUUAGUUUUACGCUCACAGGAGACCCAGGAGCGAAGGUUGGGCUUGUUGCUGUUGAUAAAGGUGUCUAUGUUUUAAACAGCAAAAAUAGACUCUCACAAUCCAAGAUCUGGAACAUUGUAGAGAAGAAUGAUAUUGGCUGCACAGCAGGAAGUGGAAGUGACAACAUGGAUGUCUUUUAUGAUGCCGGCCUUAUGUUUGAAUCAAACAUUCAACUUAGCACGAAAUCAAGAACAGAUCCCAAAUGUCCAGAGCCUCCACAGAGAAGAAGCCGCUCAUUGAACUUGAGUGAGAUCAGGACAACUUUGGCAAGCAAUUACACGGGACCCCUACGAAAGUGUUGCAGGGAUGGAAUGGUUGAAAAUAGUAUGGAUUAUACCUGUGAAAGGAGGUCCCAAUACAUAAUUGAAAGCAAAGAAUGUAUUGCUGCUUUCCUGCACUGCUGUACAGAGAUUUCCAAAAAGCACAAAGAAAGACAGGAGGAAAUGUUAAUUCUUGCACGGAGUGAAGAAGAUAAUGAUUUCUUAGGUGACGAUGACAUUGUAAUACGAACUGAAUUUCCAGAAAGCUGGCUGUGGCAAAUGGAGGACUUGCCAAUAGAACCUGUAAACAAUGAUGGGCUUGUUACAAAAGAUGUCCAGAGCUUCCUCAAAGACUCAAUUACCACAUGGGAAAUUACAGCUAUCAGUCUGUCUCCAGAGAAGGGUAUCUGCGUGGCUGAACCCUAUGAGAUUACAGUGUUGAAGGAUUUCUUUAUUGACCUGAAGCUGCCUUACUCUGUAGUGCGAAAUGAACAAGUGGAGAUCAAGGCUGUGUUGUACAACUAUGAAAAUGUGAAAAGACAAGUUCGUGUGGAGCUGAUGGAGAAUGAGCAGAUAUGCAGCGCAGCCAGUAAGAAGAGAAAACACAGAGUGGAAGUGAUGGUAGAUCCGUUAUCAUCUCGAGCCGUGCCCUUUGUCAUCAUCCCCAUGCACACAGGAGAGCUGGAUGUCGAAGUUAAAGCUGCAGUAUUUGGGUUGUCACUUUCUGACGGUGUAAAGAAACGGCUUCGAGUUGUGGCAGAGGGUGUGAAAAUAAGCAAGACUAUAAAAACUGCAUUAUUGAAUCCAGCUGCUCACGGUGGUUAUCAAGCUGAAAGGGUUGAGAAUAUUUACCCAAAAUCCAUUGUACCAAACACAGAUGCUCAUGUUUUCAUCACUGUGACAGGUGAGCCUUUGAGUGAAACUAUUGAGAGUGCCAUUAGUGCUGAUCCCCUGGGAAAGCUCAUUAAACAACCUAAGGGGUGUGGAGAACAGAAUAUGAUUCAUAUGACCACCUCUUUUAUCGCCACCCACUACUUGGACACCUCUGGGCAGUGGGAAAAAUUGGGAUUGCACCGUCGGUCUGAGGCAAUUAAAUACAUUAAGUUAGGUUAUACUCAGCAACUAGCCUUCCGCAAAACAGAUGGUUCGUUUGCAGCCUGGAAAAAUAGACCAAGCAGUACCUGGCUAACAGCAUAUGUGGCCAAAGUUUUUGCAAUGGCUUACAGUCUUAUUGAUAUGAAUGACAGUGUGCUGUGUGGAGCAAUAAAAUGGCUGAUUCUUAACAAGCAACAGCCUAAUGGAAUCUUUAAAGAAGAUGCCCCAGUUUAUCAUGGAGAGAUGAUGGGAGGUGUGAAGGGAAAUGAUUCAGAUGCCUCACUAACAGCUUUUGUCUUGAUAGCAAUGCAGGAAUCAGAGGAAAUAUGCAAUCGACAAAUAACUAGCUUGCAAGACAGUAAAGAUAAAGCAGUUAGGUUCCUCGACAAGCGCAUUGCUACUCUGAAAAAUCCCUAUGCAGCGGUACUGACAGCCUAUGCUUUAUCCGUGGAACACAAAAAUCACAUAGAAACUCUACUGAAAUUUGCUUCUGCAGACAAAACCCACUGGCCAGUGCCCAGAUCUAAUCUAUUUACCUUGGAAGCUACAGCUUAUGCACUUUUGUCCCUGUUGAAAUACAAAGACAUUGACAAAUCUAGAGCUACAGCAAAAUGGCUGAUUGAGCAAAGGUUCUAUGGAGGAGGUUACGGAUCUACACAGGCCACGAUCAUGGUGUUCCAGGCAUUGGCAGAAUACAUGAUACAAGCAUCUGUUUUAAAUGAAAUAGAUCUGGAUGUAGAAAUCUCUCUGUCUGGUCGUAGAAAUCCAAUUAAGUGGAGGUUUGACACCAGUAAUGCCUAUGUUAGCAGAUCAGAAAGGGGCUCAAUUAAUAAUAACUUUACAGUCAUUGCUAGAGGAAAAGGCCAGGGCACUUUGUCGAUAAUGGCUCUGUAUAAUGUUCUGCCAGAGGAGAAUGGAGAGUGUAAGACCUUUACGUUGGAUGUGAAAAUCGAGAGGGUGCCAGUCGUCAGGAGGCCUCUAGGUGCACAAGACACAUUUAAAAUCACAAUUGAAACAAAAUAUUUAAGUGACAGAGAUGCAACCAUGUCCAUACUCGACAUUACCAUGCUAAGUGGAUUUAUCCCUGAUGCAGGUGAUCUUAAAAGGUUAUCCAAUGGAGUGGACCAGUACAUUCAGAAGUACGAGAUGGAUAAAGCACUGUCUGAUAAAGGCUCCCUCAUACUUUACCUAGACAAGGUCUCUCACAAGAUCCCCGAUAGAAUUGCUUUCAAAGUCCACAAGAUCAAUGAAGUUGGUUUAAUGCAGCCUGCUGCUGUGACAAUCUAUGAAUACUAUGCAAAUGAGAACCACUGUGUGAAAUUCUACCAUCCAGAAAAAGAAACUGGAACGCUCAAUAAAAUCUGCCAUGGGGAUGUGUGCAAAUGUGCAGAAGACAACUGCUAUAUCCUGAAACAAAACAAUCCUGAUAUAGACCAAAAUAUUCGCUUUGAGAAAGCAUGUGAGGCUGGCAUGGAUUAUGUUUAUAAAGCCAAGCUGAUUGAUUCUUCCCUAACUGCUGUUUAUGACCAGUACACCAUGCUCAUUGAGGAUGUGAUCAAAGAAGGAACAGACGAAGGAGUCCAAGGAAAGAGGAGGCAAUUUGUUGCCCCUUCCAACUGCAGAAGAUCCUCAAGUUUUGAAAAGAGUAAAACAUAUCUUAUCAUGGGAAAAAUUAAUGACCUAAUGAAAACAUCAAAUGGGUGGCUCUACCUUCUUGGUGGUGGAACGUGGUUGGAGUGGUGGCCAUCCGAUGAUGAGUGUCAAAAGGCACAAUUUCAAUCCACAUGUGAAAACAUUAAAGAAGUUACAUUGGAAAUCAAGGCAUUUGGUUGCCCUCAGUAAUUGUAUUUUAUACAAAGGUAUUACUAUUGGUGAAUUGAAUUUUUUUGAGGACAUUAUUAAUGGCAUUUUUGGCAAGUAUGGAUAAAAAUGUCCUCAUGCUUCUGUGUAUUACAUGUAGCAUUAAAAAUAUUGUUGAAUGCAA